CCAGAUGUGAUUUAUAAAUACAACACUCCUGUCUGUCUAACUAUUUCAGAGAGGAGAUGGCCCUAAACAUGACAUCCCUCUUAUGCAUCUGGGCUCUCAUACCAUUGGUCACAGCACGUCUAGGUCUCUAUCCUUGUGUCUUCCCAUUUAUUUACAAGGAGAAAUUGUACACCACUUGCACUAAAGAUGGUGCUAUUGAUCGGAAAUUGUGGUGUGCCACAACGGCGAACUAUGACAGGGAUCGCAAGUGGAAGCAUUGUACUCCUUAUGAGUAUGGAGGUAAUUCUCGUGGACAAAACUGUACCUUCCCCUUCACCUACAAGAAGCGAACUUUCUACACUUGUACCAACGAGAAUGCUCUCUUUGGAAGAUUCUGGUGUGCCACAACAGGGAGCUACGAUAAAGACAAGAAGUGGAGCUACUGUGCUGACACCAGGUUAAUCGCGGAUUCUCAGGGCCCAUGUGUCUUCCCUUUCACCUUCAACUCCAGGUCCUACUCAGCUUGCACAAAGGAUGGAGACUCUAAUGGGAAGCUUUGGUGUUCUCUCACCAGCAACUACGAUAUAGAGUCUAAGCGAGCAUACUGUGAUCAGUCAGAACCUCAUCCCUGUGCCUUUCCCUUCAUUUACAAUAAGAAAUCCUAUUAUAAUUGCACCAAAGAGGGAUCUGCUGAUGGCCAACUGUGGUGUGCCACAACUCACAACUAUGACAUAGACAGUAAAUGGAAAGCGUGUUCCCUUCAAGAAUACGAAGGGAGUGCCAAAGGGCAACCCUGUGUUUUCCCUUUUGCUGCUGAAAAGCAGACGUUCUAUACCUGUACCAAUAAACCCGCUAAGGGUGGGAGGUUCUGGUGUGCCACCACAGGAAGCUAUGAUAAGGAUAAGAAGUGGAGCUACUGCGCUGACACAAGACUUGAUGCAAGCCCCAAGGGGUCGUGUGUUUUCCCUUUCACCUACAAGGGCACAUCUUACUCAUCUUGCACAACUGCUGGGGAGACCAGUGGAAAGCUAUGGUGCUCUCUUACCGAGAACUAUGAUGUGGAUCGCAGGUGGACCUUUUGCGAUCCUUCAGAAGUCCGUCCUUGCCAUUUCCCUUUCACUUGGGGAAUGAUGUCCUAUUCAGAAUGCACUAAGAGGGGAUCCAAUGAUGGCCAACUAUGGUGUGCCACAACCCCUAAUUAUGACAAGGAUUCCAAAUGGAAGGCAUGUUCCCUUCAAGAGUAUGAAGGAAACUCUGGCGGCAAGGCUUGUGUUUUCCCAUUCAUCUACAAGAACCAGACUUUCUACACGUGUACUAAUGAGAACUCAGCGGAUGGAAGGUUCUGGUGUGCCACGACAAGCAAUUAUGAUACAGAUAAGAUGUGGAGCUAUUGUGCCGACACAAGACUGGAUGCUAAACCCAAAGGACCAUGCCAAUUUCCUUUCAUCUACAGAAAGAAAUCUUACUCCUCAUGUACAUCAGAUGGUGAAAUCUCUGGGAAGCUCUGGUGCUCUCUAACCAGUAACUUUGAUGUGGAACCUAAAUGGACUUAUUGUAAUUAGGUGAAAAAGUCCAGGUUAAGUAGAUUCAUGUUCUUUGCAAUGCCAUGACGGAAAUAAAGCCACUCCUGAAAUCUUCUGGGUUUUAAUGGAAGAGUGGGAAGCUGGAGAAGGACUGCUGCUGAGAUCGUGUACAGUGCAUGAUAAAGGACUUCCACACAUCUUCUGCUUCCUCAUAAGUAUGUGAAACACAUCUGGAACAAGAAAGAUUGGAAAAAUGUGGAAGACACUUUCAAGUUUCACGGGACUAAUUACCUUUACCUCUUUUGAGUCUCCUAGCUCCUGAUGUCAGUGUACCUACACUAUUUCUAUCAAACAUGUGACUAUUCAUUUUCCAUCUCUCUCCAGAUGACAACACAGAACAAUGACUAUGAUUUCAGUUAUGAUAGUUCUCUACUGGGAGGUGACCAGUGUUUUUCAUGCUCUUUCUUGUUUCUACUUGUUUCAAAACUGGAAAUGAAGCAUUUCUUACAAAUUAUCUUUAUGAUUCUGCAUCUUCCCUUCUCUUCCAUAUACUCACCAAGCAUCCUCCCUGUAUGUCUCUCUCUGUGUUAAAAUGGUUGUCAUUCACCCCACCCUCAUCCCAUUGUUCAAGAAUGACUUUGCUGAGAUUUAAAUAAAUAAAUUUAUCAGGCCAGAAGAUGCACACAACUUCCCUCCAAAGCACUCAGUAAGUAAAUUGGGAAAAUAAUGUCCAUUGUUGAUGUUAUAUACUUUCAAAUCUUUUUCAACUUAUGAGAAUCUUAAGGUGACCCGAUCAUAUGACUCUUUCUAAAACUGAGAGACUUACUCAAGGUGCUUGCAUGGCUAAGCAGAUCAUCAAAUACUUUUCUCAAGAGCCAUACUCUUAUUCUCAAAAUAGUUAUCUACAAGAGAUAGUUUAAUAACAAAAAUAAUAGUUUUUCUAUUAUGAAGAAGACAGCAGAGACAAGGUAGGAACUUGGAAGCAUUAGGGCUUUCUAUUUUCUAUUCCCCAACUUUUCUAUGUACUUUGUUUCGAAACCCUAUACAACCUACUUUUCUAUCCUUCUGUUUUAGAUUAUAAAAUACAUGUUUUCUUUUUUCUUUUCCUUUUUUAACAUUAUGCAAAUCGUUUUUGUAUUAGAUAACAAUGGAAGAAGAUGAAAAUGCAAGAUGUUAAAAAUGCCCCUGUUCUAUGUCUACCCUUCUCCAUUUGUCAUGUAUUGCACAAUAAAAAUCGUAUGGAAAAAAACAAUUUUAAGGGCAAAA